ACCUACCUACGUUUUUCAACAAGUCGCAGUCACUCUAGUAUUACCAUCACAUCAACAUCAACAUCCACAGACACAAAAACACAUAGAAAUCAUGCCUUCACGUAGGGGCUUACCCACGCUUUCCAUCUUUUCCCGACAUUCAGCACCACCAUCUACCUCGUCCUCGCAAACAUCACCCAAACGAACUUCAUUACCCCCUCUAACACCGCCUGCUCGCCUACACCUCCGAAACCUCCUACCAACGUCUCCAGAAGGGAUGCCCACGCCACCACUUCCGCCCCGACAACCAUAUUCCUGGCUAUGGCAAUGCCACUCCUGUAACACAGUCUACCGAAUCGGCUGCACCCGUCGGUGUCUCGUAUGCUCCCACGAAUACUGUGUCUCAGCCGGCCCUCCGAAAGUAACACGAGGCAAGAAACGUCGCCGUCCUAGCGGGAUGUGUGCUUCUGAGUUCGACUACAGCGGAUGGGCUGAGUGGGGAGCGUGGCGUCGCAAGGUCCUUGGCUUAGAACUUCCCGGACGGGCAGGCGAGAGACAGCGCGAACAAGCUUUCAGCAAUAAGACGCAUAACUGCGCAGUCGAUUGCGAUUACCCCUCUGAGUGCCACCACGAGCGGUACCGGGUCCACACAGAAGCGCUAGAGAGGAGGAUGCUCGAGGAAUCCGAAGAGUUAGAGGAGCCGCACUCCCCGUCAAUCGACACGCGGAGAACGCUAAACACGGACGACAAACUGCCACUAAACGAAGCCGUGGAAGUAAGCUCGACGCACGACGACCUUGAGGAGCAGAAAAGCCCUACUAGUCCGAAGAGCCCGCUCAGCCAAACGAGUUUCUUCUGGGAUGAGCCGGAGGCGAAGGGGGCGGAGGAGAAAGCGUGGUGGGUCGAAAGCGAGACGAAGGAGAAGAAGAAACGCAAGACUAAAUCUCAACAGAAAAUCGAGCAGCUCACUGGCCUCGGGAUCAUCCUAGAGGAAACGGGCGAACCGUUGGAUCCUGAGGCGUUGCAGAGCCUGAUUGACGAGGAUAAUAGUAUGAUGCCUCUGGAUGUCGUUAGCGAGACUUCGAGCCGAAGAUGUCAGUCGAGGCUUUCGUGCCGAGAACAUGUUAGGCAUAGACGGAAAUUGACGGUUAGGAAUCGUGCCGAGGUGGAGGAAUGGGAGGACUGGGAAGAUUCGUCGGAUAGCGAGUCUGGUGACAGUUCCUUGCUAUCGCCACCAUCGUCGUGUUCGUCCUUGGACAGCGAAUGGCCUCCAACUAAUGGAGCGACCUCCAUCCGUGAGAUGAGUGGCGAGGGGUCUGAUGACGAAGAAAAGGAUGAUCUGGAAAAAGAAAUAGAAAAGGAGAUGGACGCGUUAGUAAGAUCCGGGAAGUCGUUCUUACGGGAUUAGCGUGCAGGGUUCAUGCCGUGGAUUGAUGAUGCUUUUAUGAUAAACUGCGAUUAUGGUAGACGGGAUAUGACGAGAUUAUACGAAGCGUUAUUAAUUUGAGAUGCCUUUAUAUCAAUCUCUACUUCGUUAUGAUACCUAGGUAGUAUCCUAGAUUUCUAGACUUUAAGUAAGUCGAUUGAAUUAG